ACACUUAGACGCCUGCUUUAGGGGAAAAAAAGGUUCCACCCUGAGAAAAAAACUUUUCCAUCAUGUGCAUUAUCUUCUGAUUUUUUUUAGUUUUAGUUCUAGCGGUUGGUGGCUGGUCUACUCACUGAUGACUGUGCGGACGGAGAAGAAGACAACUUCAUCUUGCUUACUGCAGCCUCUUCCUGCAAGAGAGCACAACAACCAAAGAGAGGGCAGACCAGGAUCCUCCCAAGAAAUAUCCAAGAACUCCGAUGGCUGAUGAGUCAUGGAGGCUGCCAAACUCUGUGCAGCAACUGGCUUCCACCGUGCAGGAACCACCAAGCAGGUACUUGCUUAGAGAGGAAGAACCGCUUGGUAGGAACCUGGCUGGUACCGAGAUGCCAGAGCCCAUUCCAAUGAUCGAUCUCGGCCUGCUGUCAGCAUCCAACGAUGCGGAUGAAGCCGCCAAGCUGCGGUCAGCGUUGCUGACUUGGGGAUUCUUCCAGGUUUCCAACCAUGGAAUGGAGGCCUCUCUAAUGGAUUCUGUGAUGACUGCAUCAAGGGAUUUUUUUCGCCUACCGCUUGAAGAGAAAAGGAAGUACAGUAACCUAAUAGAUGGGAAACAUUUCCAGAUGGAAGGGUAUGGAAAUGACCAGGUGAAAACUCCAAAUCAAAGACUGGACUGGUCCGAUCGACUGCAUCUUAAAGUUGAGCCAGAAGACGAGAGAAACCUUGACCAUUGGCCCAUACGUCCAGAAUCUUUCAGGGAUGUUCUACACGAGUACACAUUGAAGAGCAAGAGAAUCAAAGACGACAUCCUUCGGGCGAUGGCCAGGCUACUGGAGCUUGAUGAAGAUUGCCUCGUUAACCAGUUCAGCGACAAGGCUCUAACUUAUGCUAGAUUCAAUUACUAUCCUCCAUGUCCAAGACCUGAUCUUGUGUUGGGCAUAAAGCCUCACUCUGAUGUCUUUUCUCUUACUGUUCUUCUCAUGGAUAAAGAUGUCCAAGGACUGCAAGUUCUUAGAGAUGGAACGUGGUACAAUGUCCCAACUGUAUCUAACUACACCUUGCUGAUCAACGUUGGUGUUACAAUGGAGAUAAUGACCAACGGGGUCUUCAGGGGGCCAGUGCACAGGGUUGUGACAAAUGCUGAGAAAGAGAGGAUCUCGGUGGCUGUGUUCUAUGGCAUGGAUCCUGAGAAAGAGAUUGGACCAAUAGCUGAUAUGUUGAACGAGGAGCAGCCGGCGCGAUACAGGAAAAUGAAGAACAAGGACUUCCUAGUCGCGCACUAUGAACAUUUCACUCGAGGAGAGAGAGUUGUCGAUUCAUUAAAGAUAUAAGUACGGUGGCUUUGGUUUAAAAAACAGAUAAACUUCAGUAAGGGGUGAAUCUGGUGGGGAAAAAUCCGGUUUAUAUUGAAGUUUGCGUUAACUUGUUUCUACGAGAAUAAGCAUAACCCUGGGACUACAAGCCACAAAUGCAGAAGCCAAAGGUUGCCAAUGUCAGAAGAAAAUAGAUGACUGAAUCCAUGUCA